AUGUGCUUUUACAGAUACAGGACAAAAUGGCAGAAUAGUAGCCUAACAAGAAACUCGAAAGCGGGCCAGUCUUUCAGUGAACAAAAGCAAGCAGCUAUCCAUUGGUUAGGAGAAUACAUUGCUCAACGUGGAGAAAGGCCACCUCAUCAACAAGAAGUCUGGUUGCCUUUUGGAAUGUGGAAGAAAGAAAUCUAUAUAGCAUAUAGAAACGAACAGAUAAUGGAUUUCAAUAAUUUUAUGUCUACAACAUCUUUUUACGCCAUUUGGAGGAAGUUUUAUAGUCAUGUUAAAAUCAGAUCAGACCUUGCUUCAACCAUUCCAAUGAAAACACACGUAACUGGUGCCAUUAACCAUGGCACACAUCAAAAAUUUGUUUUCACUGUUAUUUAUCAGUAUAAACAUGAUUCCAAUCUGACGUUGAACAUCUUGAUACAGUUAUUGUGGGAGGCUUCAAAGAUUAUUGUCAAUAAUUGAGGGUGAGGGCACGUACACACGAUCUAAAGGAAUCAGUAUUGGUGGACCUUUUAAUCCAGAUAUGGAAAUCAGUCUUGAGGAACUUUAUUAUCCAUCUUCGAACAUAUGUGUUGUGAAACUUUGAUUAUUCAUAAAACAUUGCAGAAAAUAUUGUUGAAAACACAUCUUAAAAGUAGAAAAUCAAAAUCUGGCAUCAAUCGUACUUGGAUUGACGGCAGAGAUCGAAGAUUACUAUCGGCAAUUAUUUCUAACGUGCAGUUGUCAAACAGAUACAAUAUUGUAUAAUGAUGUAUAAUAUUUUAUUUCUCUUCUCUUCGUUAGGUUUGUUUUUGUUUUUAUCAUGUUAUUUGAUAGGUCUCCGUUAAAUUAUACACACUAAUUCUAUCAGAUUAACUUAUUAAUAUCAAAGCAAACAUGAUUAAAAGUUUAUACAUUGUAAUGU